GCGCAGGCGCAGUGGGCCUCUCCUGCACUCCAGACAUGGCGGCUCCGCUGGGCGGCAUGUUCUCUGGGCAGCCCCCAGGGCCCCCGGGUGCCCCGUCGGGACAUCCGGGCCAGGCCUCGCUUCUUCAAGCAACGCCGGGCGCACCGAGGAGUUCUAACAGUACGCUGGUCGACGAGUUGGAGUCAUCAUUUGAGGCUUGCUUCGCUUCCCUUGUGAGUCAAGAUUACGUCAAUGGCACGGAUCAGGAAGAAAUUCGAACUGGUGUUGAUCAGUGUAUCCAGAAGUUUCUGGAUAUUGCAAGGCAGACAGAAUGUUUUUUCCUACAAAAAAGAUUGCAGUUGUCUGUCCAGAAACCAGAGCAAGUUAUCAAAGAGGACGUCUCAGAACUGAGGAAUGAAUUGCAGCGGAAAGAUGCGCUGGUGCAGAAGCAUUUGACAAAGCUGAGGCAUUGGCAGCAGGUGCUGGAGGACAUCAACGUGCAGCACAAAAAGCCCGCGGAAAUCCCUCAGGGCUCCUUGGCCUACCUGGAGCAGGCCUCGGCCAAUAUCCCUGCGCCUCUGAAGCAGACGUGAGAGAGCCCUGGCCUGUGGUGGCUCAGCGGACAGCUUUGCCGAACGUCCCCUUUGUGGACACAGCAUCCGGGAAGAACUUUCCUGGACAAGGAGAUGACGUGGGUUCUAUGGUCCCAGGUACAGUUCCCCCCUUAUUCUUAUGAGCUGUUAAUUUGUUUAAUUACAAAAUGCCUGUAGCUUUGGUAGACCAAGUUAAUGUUUUUUUGUCUUCAGCCCAGUUAGACUCAGUAUGAUGACUCCAUUUCUAUUCUCUCUUGUAUUUUAUUUUUAUUUUUGUAUUACUUCAUUUUUGUGUUUCUAUUUCUUCGAUUGUUAUGAUGUGAGGGGGAAAAAUUACAGUAGUCUGAGAAGGAGGCAAUAAGGAGUUUGUAGACCUUUUAUGGUAACUACCCCGCUGUGGUAGUGUAGAAUAAUAUUUAAAUUUGCCCUUUUCAGACUUUGAACUACCUCAAGAACAGGAAUCUAAUGCAAUGAUAUUUGUAACGUUCUAUAGCAGUGCAGUGUGUAAACAUUUAAUAUUUUGUAACUUGGCCAGAAAAAGAGUGAGAACUGCUAGGUUAGCGCGGUAAUAUUUCAAUAGGGUCCUUCAGUCGAUGGUGGCUUUUGUUUGGGUUGGUUUAUUUUGAGGAGGAUGUAGUAGGAGGGUGACUUUCAGAAGAUUGCCAAUGCCCUCCAGGAAUGAGUCGGUAUCAGGAGUAGGGGACCCUGUGUCAGUGUGACAGGCGCAGUGGAGUGUGAGGAGUGAAAGCUUCCUCCAGUCUCUCUGAGUUUUGUUUGCUUGUGUUGUUUUGUUUUACUUCUUUGGAACAGAAAGUUUCCGUUAAAGAAAAGUUUCUUGCUGGUGGUUUUGAUUCCUGGGGACACAGCGGGCGGGGGUGGUGGGGGGCCUGGGUUGGAGCCUCAGGCUGCAGAGUGAGCUCACCGCUCCCCGCCCUGGUGCGCUGGUGGAGCCUCAGUGGCAGGGAAGGCGCAGUGCCUUCUUGCUGGACGAGGUUUUUCCUCUCUGUCCUUCACACAGUCUCUUGCAGGACACCUGCACUCCCUUCUGAGUAGUCCACAUGGCUGCUGCACAGGGACUUGACUCUUGUUGUCCUCUCCACUCUCCACCCAACACUGUCAUCCGCUCACGCUCCUGCCCCACAGCCUCCUGUGCCCUGUGCCUGGAGGCUCUUCUUUUGUGUUAAUGACUUGUGUCUCCCUUUGCCUCUUGCUGCGUUGUAGAUUAGGCUGAGAUUAGGCGUUCUGCCCCUUGGAUGUGCAUCCUCCGGUAUUAAGUCAUCUUUCAUACGUGAUGGUUGCUGCUGUCUUUGCCUGUGUGCAGGCUGUUCAUGCUGCCUGAGCCCAGCACAUGGCCUCCAUUUCAAGGUGUCAGGUUAAACGGAGCUCUCACAGCACAGGGUUGGUUAUCCCACGCUCUGAUGACAGCUUUAAAUUCCUUGAUUAAAAUCCUAAGUACACUGGUUAAAUUUGGGGCAUUCUUUCACUAAUCAAGGUGUGCCAAGAUGGGAGCUGGGCACGCCUCUAAUCCCAGCAAUCUGGGAGAGUGAGGCAAGAGGCCUGCAAGUUUGAGUCCGCUUGGGCAACUUAGUGACUUAAUGAGGCCCUAUUUAAAAAAUAAAAAGGUCCAAUGGUAUGGUUUACAGCAAAGGCCCUGGUACCAUUAAGGGGGGCGGCGGGGAAGCACGAUUGGAAACUGGGGCACAGUGGUGUAUGUAUGUCCAGGACUGCAGAUUCAAGGCCAGCCUGGGCAACUUAGCAGGACCCCGUCUCAAAAAAGUGCUGAACGUGUAGCUCAGU